UGCGGUAAUGGCGAUCGGUGUUGGCGUGGUGGCGCGACGCAAGUGCGAAUUGGCGGGCGCUGCGACGAUGGGGUUGUCGCGCUGGCGGAAGACUCCGUGCGAGCACGACGGCAGGAUGUCAGCCGUUGCUUUCCUGACGAGCGACACAAAGAUGUAGGAGGCGCAGCGCUCGAAGUCGACGAUCGGCGACAAGCAAGAGAAGCGAGGAGCGAAAAGCAGGCAGCUCCGGUCGCGAGCAGCGCUAAUUGAAGAAAGAUCGCCGAGCGCGCGCGCGAAUACGCCGUCGCGGCGGCUCCACGCAUCGAACAGCGUAUAGAUUGGGGGAACCAGUGAUUGACUCGUGAGAAACGAGGAGAGCAAUAAUUGAGAGACGCGAUGUGCGGGCUUUCUCGUGUCUCGUGAUAUCAGCGCGCUCUCGACGGCUGGCUGUCGUCGCUCUGCAGCUUCGCGGCCGUAACCGGCGGCCGAUCGAUAGCCACGCGAUAUAUCGUCACACGCGCGGCUCCAACCAGUUCAAUAAAGCUCGGACAGCAAACACGGCAAUGCGCGUUAUAACGACGCGGGCUCGCGGGGAUUUCGGCUUGCACUCUCCCCCACGCGCGCGAAGGCAUAGGCUAGCUCUCUGCGAGGUGGCGGCGACGAGCGACUGCAACAAACAGAGCACGGCCGUUGACGGAUUCACUUGGCACCUGCCAGCACCACACAGUCGCAGCAGCGCCAGUCGUCAUGCGGCCAGUCGCUGUUAUUCUCCAUCUCCUUCACGAUGACUUUUCUACCUUCUCGACAAUAUCAACGAAACGCUCGCGCGCAGGUGAGCAAACUGUUGGCGCUGAGUCGCCUUUGCCUUGGCAUCGGGAGACCGACCCUCUACGACGCGGGCACCGCCAGCAACGAGCUGCUCGCUUGGCUGCGAGACUCCGCUCGAUCCGCCAAGCCGAUUGUCCUACCUGAGGACAACCUGCGCGAGGAGCAGGCGUCCUUCGGCGCUUUCGACGAUCUGGUGUCCUCGCUGCAAGACGAACGGCCGUUCACCAGAACCGAUCGCAGCUUGGUGCCCGAGUAUCGACAUCUAUGCGAGACGGCAACGCGCAAGGUCGAGUUCAACGGCGAUCCCAAUUAUGAGUACCAACCGCCACAUUACUAUGAGGUUUUUUGCAAGAGCUUCUCCCUCGUAGAGAGUGAGUCGUCGCUGAAAGUCGAGCCGCCAGAAAAACAGAAGUGUGCCCACCCGAGCUUUCAUUGCAUACAGAGGAGUCGCACGCUGUUCAUGCUGAGGCGCCGCUGGGAUGCCGCAUGCUGGGAACCGACGACCAAGGUCGUCGCUAGCGGCUGCGACUGCAUGUGGCCUACCUCCACUCUCGGCGACGUCACUAUGCACUACUAGUCAGCAGUAUUAUUUCACUUGCAUGUACUUAUUGCACAGCUACCUCGCAAUAAAACUCUAAUCAAUGACAAGCGC